UGGCCGCAAUGCAUGAAGGUCCUGAGGAGUCAGAGCCGGAGGAAUCGGCGAACCGUUGGUAACGGCAGGCUCUCGUGCAGCCUGGUUUGAAUCUUCAGUCCAAGGCGCGAGCGACGGCUGAGAGUGGCUUUUUGGACAUUCGUGCAAAGUUGGCAUAGGUGCUGAUGUGGGCGCAACAUAUGUGGCAAAAGAAAAUACACUAUGCUAUAGGGUAUUUUGCUGACAAUGGCAGAUGAGCUGGAAAGGUUCCUUGAAGAACAGAAGGCCAAGUUAGCACAAGAUAAAAUUAAAUUAGACCAUGACCCACCAUACAUGGAGAUGAGAAUAAAUUCUGCACAGCCAUCCAAUAAGACCGAUCAAACUGCAGACACCAUAGCUAAAGGAAAUAUCUUUGCAGGUAUUCCUUCUGCGAAAGAAAAUCUACAAGGUGGCAAAUCUGAAGAAGAAAACUAUGGGUUAAGUCUGCCACUUGGGUUAGAAUAUGAUUUGAAGAAACAGAAACUGAAGGAGGAACUGCGACAAGAUUACAGACGCUACAUGGCAGAGAAAAAUUCUAGGACCAGAAAGGAACAAGAGCUGAAAGUUGAGAAGCUUUCGCUUCCUAUCUCUGAUAGAAAAUCAGCUAAGGACAGAUUGAGAACAGAACGAAACAAGGAGUACAAUCAGUUUCUUAAGGAGCAAGACAAAUAUGAGCGUUUGAGAAGAAAUGACAGAUGGCUACCGAAGUACUAUAAGGAGAAUAUUGAUCCUUCAGAUGACACCAGUUUUCAGAAUACAACUCAAAUAAGAACUGGUCUGCUCAAUCCAGCGUCUCACAGGAAAGAUGCAUAUACUUCAAUGGAAGCUUAUGAGGAAUUGUUAAAUCAAAAGCGGCAAGAAGAGGACCGAUAUCGAAAAUCUGAUGAUCCUGAGAUUGGUCAGAGAAGAAAUGCUCAGACGCAAACAGACAGACUAUCAGAGGCUUAUGAAAAUAACUUUGCUAAUUCUGGCAACCACUUCCAGCAAUUGAGAAAUGAAAACAGGCACUAUAAAGAAAGGAGAGAUCAAAAACCAACAGCGUACAUUGAAGAGGGUUACAAGGAUGACUACCGGAAGCGACCCGUUUCAGCAGCAGGAAAAUCUAGAUAUUUGAUAAACGAAGUGCAUAACUCACAGAAACUACGCUCAAAAUCUGCUUCAGUGAAAGAUGAAGUUAUGUUUGCAACAGGAUUGUUGGUGGGUAACUAUGAACGAGAGAGUGCCCAAAGAAGAAGGAGGGAAAAAUACAGACAGGAACUAUUGGAACAAAUAUCAGAAAAACAGAAAAGCAAGAUACGGGAAAAAGAGCUUGAGCUCCGAGUUGCUGCUUCAGGAGCUGUAGACCCAGAAAAAGAACCAAAUCGAAUAAGGGAAUUUGGUGCAGUGACACUUCAACACGAUCCUCACAGGUAUGAUGCCUCUGACAGAGAAGGUGAAACCCCUGUUGCAAAACAUUCAAGUGACGAAAGAUCUUCUGUGGAUGAGAGACUACCUCCAGAGCACCCCAGGGUAGCUUUCCAAAAUCCUCCAGUUGAAGAAAGGGCUCCUAAUAGUGGUCUCAGCAGUGGAGUGUGGAAUCCAUAUAGGAAUAUAAUGGUUCCUAGGAUCACCGCGAAUCCUCCCCCUCCUUUUCCUCCUCCUCCACCUGUGCUGACGGAUCAUUAUCAAACACCUUACGAUAAUGCUUAUUAUUUUUAUGGUGCUAGAAAUCCUUUGGAUCCAAACCUGGCAUACUACAGCCCAGGAGUUAUGGGAGUACAACCUAUGUCUUUGGUCAACUCUCCCACUGGACUGACUAACAUCCCAAUGCAAGUUUAUCCGCAAGUAUCUUCCUUUGAUCAAGUCUUUACAACAAAUGCACGUGAUGCUACUAAUGUGAGAAACAUAGCUGCUGGAUCUCUACCAGAACAAAAGACAGUUUUAUCAAAAGAAGGUACACAAAGUUACCAGGAAUCACUGAAAAAGCAGAUGCAAGAAAGGGAAGAGAGGAAAAGAAAAGAAAAAGAAGAAAAGGAAAGAUAUGACGCGAAACUUGAAGAGGAAAUGAGAAUUUACAAUCCAUGGGGAAGAGGGGGAGGUGGUGCACCUCUAAGGGAUGCAGAAGGAAAUCUUCUCACUGAUCUAAAGAAAAUGCAUAAGCAGAAUGAAGAUGCUUACAGGGAUUAUCCUCAUCAAGGAAAUCAGGAUUUCAAAGUUGUGGGCUCUCUUAACCAGAAUUUAGCUAGACCAGAUGCUAAUGCACCUCAAGAGAAAAUCCGAGGAUUUACAUUUGCAAAUACAACACAACUUUUCCAAGGAAGUCCUGUCUGUGAACGAGAAUUUGAAAAAAAAGUUGAUGAGCAACAGAAAUACAAAGAGUACCUAUGCUUACAAAUUGAAGAGAAGCGACGCAAGGCUGAGGAAGAACGUGAAAGAUCUAAACUUGAAGAGCAACAAGAAGAGAAACGCCUAGCUGAACAGAGGGCACGAAUUGCUAAAGAACUUGAAGAAGAACAAGAAAAGAAACGGCGUAAAGAAGAAGAGCAAAGAAUUAAAAAUGAAGAAAUUGCACGGUUGGCUGAAGAACGUCGUAGAAUGGCAGAAAAAAAACGAAAGGAGGAAGAAGAUAAACAGGAGAUGAUGUUUCAACAUCUACUCAAGAGUGAACAAUCUUCAAGGAUAGAUGAGAAGGUACCUCCUUCUCCACCUAUUCCAACCGUGAGGAAACAGAUUGAUCAGAAAAAUGAUAUUCCUGCUGUUAGCAACUCUCCUCAGGAAUUAGAUGUGGAUCAAGCACAGUUGGGAACCGAGUCACCACCAGUUCCUGCUAGACGAAACCAACUUCGAGCAUUUGAGGAGAAGAAAGAUAUAAUUAGUGAACUGUCGGCAUUGAGGAAUCAACUACGAAGUGAAGAACGGCGCUUGGAAGGGCAAUUUCAAAGUGCUGAAAAGGAAGAUGAAGUGUUUCAUAUGUCCAAGAAGCGGGAGAGGAAUCAUGUUGAUGUCUUUGAUUUGGCUAGGCAACGUAUUCAAGCCUUGGUACACCGACCUUCAUCAAAAGAAAGAGAUUUUGUUAAUUUACAAAAUGUCAGAGAUUUCAAUGACCUGAAAUACAGAGAUUCAGCAACACGUGCUGAAAUAAGACAAGUAUACCCAGAUCCUCCAAACGAUAGUAAUACAUUGGAGAUUCAACAGGAGGCAUUAUUAAGAGAACAGAAAAAAAAACUAGACACAAUGAAGAGGAAAGAAACAGUUGCUCAUAUGAAUCCACAUGAUGUUGGACUGGAUUCACAUGAUGAUUUGACGAAGAACUCAUUGCUUGAAUCUGAAAGUGCCUUUAUAGGAAGCCAUGGAGAAACAUUCCCUUUUCCAGCAGAUGUUGGGAGAACAUCUUCUGAACUACCUCCACGAGAGAGACGUCGCCAAAAUAAUAGUAGAUUACACCUUGAUUCUGGCAUGCAACCAAUACCACAAACAGACAGCAUCUCUGCAUCCAGUUUUAAUGUUGAUGAAGUAAGAGCCAGGACUGAACAGCGUAUGAAACGUUUGGAUGAUAUUCAACAUUCAGGUAAUGACCUCACAAUGGAAGACAUUGACAUUUUAAACCAGUUCCUUUCGAGAGAUCAGGAAAGACCAAGCUCUAAUGAAACACUGGCUACAGAGGCCUGGCUGCGACCAGGGACAUCUGAAACAUUAAAAAGGUUUAUGGCUGAUCGUACGCAACUUUAUUGAGGAUCUUCAGCUAACUUACCAUUUAGUUGGAAGCAAGGUAAUUGCACAGUCAGUGACCAAAUUGGUAGAACUAGUAAAAGAUUAUUUGUGCCUUCACUAGGAAAAAAUGUUUAUUGUAAACUCUUGAUGCACUUUGUCAUUUAGAUACUUCAAUUCAGGAUGUUGUCUGUAAACCAGCAUGUGGCCUUGAAUAAACAAAAUGCAAAAAAAACCCAUAACUUAUCUUGGAUCUUUUGUUUAAUACUGAAGUAUGCUAGGUAAUAUCACAUUAAUCAUAAUUUUCCAAAGUAGACACUGGUAAAA